AGAUGGAGGUUUACCGAGAUCUGACUACUAACCUGGCUCUGGUUUAGUUUCAGGGGUGCCCGAUUAAUACAAAAGCCAACAUGAACGUGGGAACAGCACACAGCGAGGUGAACCCCAACACCCGUGUCAUGAACAGCCGGGGCAUCUGGUUGUCCUACGUCCUCGGAAUUGGCCUGCUGCACGUUGUACUCCUGAGUAUCCCCUUCUUCAGCGUUCCUGUGGUUUGGACUCUUACUAACAUCAUCCACAACAUGAGUAUGUACAUCUUCCUACAUACCGUGAAAGGAACGCCUUUUGAGACUCCAGAUCAAGGGAAGGCUCGGCUGCUCACGCACUGGGAGCAGAUGGACUACGGCGUGCAGUUCACAGCAUCACGCAAGUUCCUGACCAUCAUGCCCAUUGUACUGUAUUUUCUAACCAGCUUUUACACAAAGUAUGACCGGAUACACUUCAUAAUCAACACCGUCUCCCUUAUGAGUGUCCUGAUCCCCAAAUUGCCCCAGUUUCAUGGAGUCCGGAUCUUUGGGAUCAACAAGUACUGAACUGCUUGGAUGGAGAGAAGAGAAGAGGAGCAGGAGGGGGGGGGGGGGGAAAUUCCUUCUCUUUAGUCCUGUUUCUUUACUCUCAUGCACACUGGGAUAUAGUUUCACGGCGGCUGUUUAAAUGCAGUAUCCAACAGACGUAUACCGCAUGCUGGAUCCUCAUGCCCAAUAAAUCUAAACAAGCUCCAGAGUAGAGUUUAGUGCAGAGCAGGAUACAUGAUGCUGGAUUUCUUUUAUUCCAGUGUCAUUAAGUACAUGCAGGACACUGAGACUUCAAGGUACAAAGAGGAUGAAUUCUGGGGAGGUUUUCACCUAUCCCAGACACUGAAUGAAAAGUAUGGGGAUGAGGGGAAAAGCUUCUAGUGCUGGUACUAUUGCUGUGGUAAAUGCACUUUAAAAUAUAUUUCCCUUUCUGAAGCUAGGUGCUUUAAGUGAUACGUGGGGAAAUGCAAAGGGAUACAGCCAAACUUUCCCAAUACUUGAUUGUUUUAGGGUAUGGGUUUCAUAUUUGGGCAAGGGGUGGGGGAGGAGAAGAGAAUGACAGAUUUUUAUUUUUAAAUCCUUUAUCCCACUGAGAAAGGAAAUUCUUUUACUGAAAAGAACACAGGAAGGCAUGACCUGCAAUUUGACAGAGUUUUCAGUUUUUUAUGGUACCAUUCAUGUGGUUCAGGGGAAAAGUCCUAAUCAGAUUCUAAAUCGUGCUAGUUAUUUUCAACUCAUACCAGAGUCUGAGUAACUUUGCUCCCCACCCCAACCAACCCAUUUUAAAGCACACUCGGAGUGUUCAGCCAGUGCUCAGCAGAGCAUUUGAUUAAGGGGCAAGGUGCAAGUCAUUUCAAUGAUUGACUAGAAAUGUCACUGAGCUACUUGGUACAUGGAGAUCACAUGAGGAUGCAAGAAACUGAAGACUGACAGGUAUAGGCCAAAUGAGAGACAGCUGGCUGCUUGAUACAGGCAGUUACUGGCUGUGACUGAAAUUUUUCUCCUCCAGCCAGCAACUUGGUUUCCCAAGUCUGCGUAUGCGUUACUGAGAUCUGCCGGUUCUCCAGGUAGCUGUGGACUUAACUCAGCAUCUCACUUCACACCAGGAAAAGCGUCUGAUUUCUGACUUAGCUUGGAAGUCUGUCCCUCACCUUCAUGCACAAUGUCUUGCCCAAGUACUGCAGCAGCAUGCCCUGGCCCUUGAAUGACCAUUGGAAAGGGUAAAGGAGCUGUAGAGAGCUGUACUGACAAGCAGCACCAGCAGCAGACAGCUAACUGAAUUGACCAACAGAAGGAUGCAAUGGGUCACUGAAGAUAACUGAUGAUUUAGUAUAGAAACAACAUUGAGCUUUUUCCCCGUAACAUUAUCCCCCUAAGUAAAAUAGGUUUGCAGGUUUAGAUCUCCUGGCUGAGAUGUCUUUCUACUGUUCACAAAGCAGUAGGUUUUUAUUUUGGGUUGUGUGCUGGUUGAAAUAUGUUUUUCCUCAUGCUUCCCCUGAAAGCCUGUAUUUUUGUUGUCUUAGUGCUUAUAUUGUCUCACAUUUUUGACAAUAAUAUAAACAUUUUCAAUAUAGUAUUUUUGUUCCUGCAUUAGCCAAGUAUAGCCUUAAGAGGUCAGUGGGCAGUAGAGUGGAUAUUGAUGACUUCUCUUUGAUGGCCUCAGCAUAGGACAGGGAUAGAAGAACUUCAGGUUUGCAUAUAAGGUGUAGUAAUACUCCAUGCAUAAUUUUGGGCAAGCAGUUUUACUUCUCUGUCUCAGAUUUACUAUCAGACUGCUGCAGAGAAAGGGAAAAAACAUUUAAUGCAUCUCAGAGGGCUGUUGUAAUGCACAGAGAAGCAUUAUCUAAUAUGUUUGAAAAUGGAAAUAUUCUAAGUAAAAAGGAAGCUCUCAAGAAGAUAGAAAAGAGUCUGGCUUGAUAUUUGAGUGCUAGUCUCCAGCAAGGGAGUUUGACAGAUGUUUAAUUUAUUAUUUGGUUUGUUUUUCUUUUUCUUCCUCUUUCUUGUGUGUUUUUUUUAAACCUUUUAACCACCAUGACAUAGAGAUUGCUGCUUUAGUUAAGGUACUAUAUACCCUAAAGCUAAUGUACUCUUUAAGCUACUAGACAAUGACUUUUGAAAUAAAAUAUUGUUUUCAAAUUAGAGCUAGUUCUCCAAUCAGCUCAGUAUCUUUGAUACCGUUGAUUUCUUAAUCAUUUCAAUGUCUUGAAUGCCUGUAGAAAGACUGCUACCCUCACAUUUGUAGAGCCUGUUCUUAACAGGAUAGCUAGAGCAAUAUCCAUAAUGUAGACUGUACGGUGCUUAACAAAUCUGAAUGUCUGGCAGCACAUGGAAUGUGCACGCUAAUGGCAAAUCUCCAGAGGAAAGAACACAGUUUAGUUAUUUAGGUAGAAUGUGUGUGUGUGGGGGGGGGAAUCCACUUAUUUGCAACAAAAACAGUUGAUUUAUCAAGGAUGCUUUUCCUUAAAAACAUUAUUCCAAUAAGAUAUAUGUAUUGACUAUUUCUGUAAUUACCUGCACAUUACACAGAAUCAGAGCAAUUUUGAUAUUUUUAGCAGAAAUGUAAACUGAAGCUGAAGGGGUCUGACUGAAGGGGUCAGAUUUUCAUGAUGAAAUACAGCACUAGCUUCAUUGAAAGCCUUGGUGUUACAACAGCUGAGGAUCUGAACAUACAUUAUUUGUACUCUUAACUGACACUAUGGACGUUUGAUUCCAUUUUGUUGAAUUAAAGAUUAACUGUAAAACAGCAUAGAAUAGAAUGGAAUUAUAAGCUUCUCAAAAGGGCAGUUUUUAAAGCCUAAAGUCUAAAAUCUCUUGUUAGACAAAGCCUUAAUUAUAAUAGCAAACUUUUUUGAUUUACUUUGUUCACACUGAAAUGAAUUAAAAUAGCCAUUACUCAUAUGUAUUUGGGGUUAUGUGGCAAAUUACAUUCUUCAUAACAUAGGCAUAGCAUUUUUGCUGUGGACUAUCUGACAGUUAACUUGGACUCAUACAGUUAAUCCAAUCAAGUGAAAUAUAAAUGAAAACAGGAGAAAUAUGGAAAAAAGUGAGAGUAAAAACUGAAGAAACAUUUCAUGGGAUAAGUCACUACUGAGAAAAGGGACAUCAAGAUAACAUGGACAAGAUGAGAGAUUUUCAGACAGUAAUGUAUUUGCAGCUAGCAUAGCAGCGAUACAAGGGUGAAGCCUACCUUUUGCACAGAGAACCAGAAUGCGAGUGAAAAGACUGUCCAUUAGUUCGUUGAGAUCACAGGAUUUUCUCCCAAGUACCUGCAUGAAGGAGAGAAUUGAUUGUUACUGAUUUUAAAUGGGAUUUUGAUCACAACACGUGAUGUUUUCCUCUAGGCCUUGUACUGGCUCCCUGCAUAGUGACUAAGGUAAACUUCAGCUGGAGAAUUAAAGGUGGACUCCAUUGUGUGAAUGAGAAACAAAGAACGGACAAGUACGUACUUAAAAUGCUUUUCAUUUUUGUUUCGCUGUGGAUGCAGAAGGGAAAAAGUUUUUGAAAACCGCCACUAGAUGAGUUCACAGGCACUGGCAAAAGCCAUCCCUUUGCCUGAUCUUGUUGUGGGCAAAGACUUCUAUAAGCCAUUGUUAAGACCACGUACUUUCACACGGUAUGGAAAUUAUUGCACCAGGAAGAAUCACAAAACAAUCACAUACUACCAGCUUGAUGUUUCUGAAUUAGGGAUCCUGUCUUGCAAUUCAUUUAAUAUAGCUAACAGGAUGUCGUGGAGUCCAACCCUUUGCAGGAGAAAGCCUUUAAAAAAAAAAAAAAAAAAA